AUGGCUGCCCAGGAUGAACUCAAUCAACUGGAACGUGUGUUCCUUCGCCUGGGACAUGCAGAAACCGAUGAACAACUACAGGAUAUUAUCUCCAAGUUCCUCCCUCCUGUUCUCCUCAAACUCUCCAGUGUUCAAGAGGGUGUGCGAAAGAAAGUUAUGGAGUUAUUGGUUCACCUAAACAAAAGAAUUAAAAGUCGACGUAAGAUUCAACUGCCAGUAGAAACAUUACUGGUCCAGUACCAAGAUCCUGCAGCUGCAUCUUUUGUUACGAACUUCACAAUUAUUUACAUCAAAAUGGGUUACCCUCGUCUGGAAGUGGGAAAACAGUGUGAGUUGGCCCCCACCCUACUUACUGCCAUGGAAGGCAAGCCACAGCCACAGCAGGACAGCCUGAUGCAUCUGCUCAUCCCUACCCUCUACCAUAUGAAAUACCCUGCAGACACCACCAAGAUUGCAUCUCCAUUUAACUUAACAGAGAGGCCAAAGACAGUGCAGCUGUUGCUGGAGUUUAUGUUAGAUGUUUUGCUGAUGCCUUACGGAUUUGUGCUAAAUGAAUCUCCAACUCGUCCUGCACCCUCCUCUUCCCAAGGAAGUACUGGAGAUGGGACAAUGGCUAGUGCUGGCCAGGGUCUUCCCCAGCCUCCCCCAGGGAUGAGUGUCUAUGCUGCCAAAAGGGUGAUUGGAGAGGCACAGUGGAGUGCUGAGCAGCUAGAGCAGUGUAAGUUAGGUAUAGUGAAAUUCAUUGAAGCCAAGCAGGUCCCAGAAGUGGAGACAGUGGUGCACCUGGUGGUGGCAUCCAGUGACACCAGACACAGCGUGGCCACUGCAGCUGAUCUGGAGCUAAAGAGCAAACAGAGCAUCAUCGACUGGAACAAUCCACUAAUUAUCAACAAAAUGUACAAGGUGUAUCUGGGUGAUGUUCCACUUAAAACAAAGGGGGGGACAAUGAAGCAAGAGCUGAAACAUGAGCCUGUAAGCACCAGAGUCAAACUGAAGAUCCUGCCUCAUCUGCUUCGGUCACGUCUUGCUGCUGAGUGCUUCCCAGCUAAUAUCCAGGUUGUGUAUGACGGUCUCUUUGGAGCCAACACCAACAACAAACUGCUGUCUCUUACAUUGCAGUUUGUCCAUCACAUCUGCAUGGUAUGCCCUGAUACAAAUAAGCCUCUGGGCCUGAUGCUGCUGAAUGGUCUCACCAAGCUCAUCAACGAAUACAAGGAGGAUCCUAAAUUGCUAUGUGUUGCAUAUUCUGCUGUUGGGAAACUAUCAAGCCGGAUGCCUCAGCUUUUCACAAAGGAUAUUGCUCUUGUUCAGCAGUUUUUUGAGUCCAUGUGCAAGGAGGAGGCUGAUGUACGUCUUGCCAUUCAGGAGGCUUUAUCGAUGAUGGUUGGUGCCUUUGCCAACCUGCAGGGAGCUCUGCUAAACCUGAUGGAAGCCCUGGUGGCUGCAUACAUUGGAAAGCCGGAGGUGCAAGUCCGCCAGGUAGCCAUGAAGUUUGCAAGCACAGUAUUUGCUCCUGAUCAUGUACCGUCAAGAUACCUGCUUCUACUGGCUGCUGGAGACCCGAGGGAGGAGGUAUGUGGGGAGGCCCAGAGGGUGCUGAGGAAUUUUCCAAUCAAGACUUCAGAGAAGGAGGGACCAAAGCCAAUGCCCUCAUUUCCUGACAUGGUGGCUUAUGUCCAGGAAAAGGCAGCACAGAGGAUUAAAACUCCAGCCAAGUACAUCGUUGGAACCUCAACUAUACCUUUCAAUCCAUCAGCAUUUGGAGAGAUUGUACUCUACUUGAGAAUGUGUUUAGCUCACAGUGCAGGUGCCACACCCAUGUCCACACGCUUGGCAGACAUGCAGGAUGAUGCGCCAGCCAUUGGCCACUACGUCCAAACACUGCUGUCCUCUGAGCCUCAGCCUUCAGGGUCAAAGGGUAGUGAGGCAAACCCUGUGCAUGUUUACAUGGAUCUGCUGCAGCAGCUGUUGUCUGCAGUAGGAGGAAUCCCAGUUAUGUACUGUCUACUGGAGGUGGUGUCUGUCUGCCCAGAGAAACUGGCUCCAAGAUUUGUUGAUAAAAUUGACUGGAUCAAAAGUCUGAUGAACACAAACAAGGAAGACAUGAGGGAACUUGCAGCACAGCUAUACGCUGUGGUGGUUUCUACCAUGACUGGUAAUGAACUGCAGACGGCUGUGCACAACCUUGUCAAAAUCACCAAAGACAACCACAGUCCUGAGACCCAACAUGGUGCAAUUUUGGCUCUCGGUUUCAUGGUGGGCAGGUAUAUGAGCAAAAAGAAAGCAGUCACCUCUGGAGAAACUACCCAGAACAAGGGUCAGCAAAUGAACAUCACUUCCCAAGAGGAUGAUGAACUUGUUGCCAUGGCUACUAAAACAAUUGGUUCCUUCUUGGACAGCAGUAGUGCUCUGUUGACAGUUGCAGCCUGUACGGCACUUGGAGAAAUAGGACGCAAUGGGGCCCUUCUGAUCCCUGCAGAUGGUGAGGGUUUCACCAAACUGUUGGCCGUGGAUAACCUGCUGGCUCGCAUUCCCUCUGGCAAGGAGAGCACUAAGAUGAAAGAGCGGUCAAUCCAGACCUUAGGCUACCUACCAGUGGGAGAUGGAGAUUUUCCCCACCAGAAGAAGCUCCUACAAGGCCUCAUGGACUCUGUAGAGGCCAAGCAGGUGGAGCUGCAGUUCACGGUUGGAGAGGCUAUCACAAGUGCUGCAAUAGGAACCAGCUCUGGAGCAGCCAGAGACCCAUGGACUUGCACUGAGGACCAGUACAGCCCGCCAUUCAAUGUGAAAAACAAUGAUGUGGUACCUUGGGUCCUUAGCUCCAUCCUGUCCAAAUACAUACCCAGUCAAAACCCCCACGUUCGACAGGCAGCCUGUAUCUGGCUUCUCUCCCUGGUCAAGAAACUAAGCCAACACAAGGAAAUCACUUCCCAUUUGAAGGAGAUUCAGAUAGCAUUCAUCUCUGUUCUCUCAGACCCUGAUGAGCUGAGUCAGGAUGUGGCAUCUAAAGGCCUUGGCCUGGUCUAUGAGAUGGGAGGAGAGGGCGACCAGCAGGAACUCGUGUCCACUCUUGUGGAAACUCUCAUGACAGGAAAAAGGGUGAAACAUGCUGUGUUGGAGGAUACGGAAGUGUUCCAAGGAGAGGGUUUGGGUAAAACACCCGAUGGCCAUGGCUUGUCCACUUACAAAGAACUCUGCUCACUGGCCAGUGACCUGAACCAGCCAGAUCUUGUCUACAAAUUCAUGAACCUAGCCAAUCACCAUGCCAUGUGGAACUCCCGCAAGGGAGCAGCCUUUGGGUUCCACAUGAUCGCAGCCAAAGCAGGGGAGCAACUGGCCCCAUUUCUUCCACAGCUUGUGCCUCGUCUGUACCGCUAUCAAUUUGACCCUAACCUGAGCAUUCGCCAAGCCAUGACUAGCAUCUGGGAUGCCUUGGUUACUGAUAAAACCUUGGUUGAUAAAUAUCUUAAGGAGAUCCUGCAGGAUGUAAUCUCCAACUUGACCAGUCCCACCUGGAGAGUACGCGAGUCCAGCUGCUUGGCACUGAAUGAUCUGAUUCGGGGUCGCCAAGCGGAUGAGCUCAUUGAUCACCUGGCAGAAAUGUGGGAGACACUGUUUAGGGUCCUUGAUGACAUCAAGGAGUCUGUGAGGAAGGCAGCAGACUUAACUCUGAAGACACUCAGUAAGGUUUGUACUCGUAUGUGUGAGUCCACUGGGUCUGCAGCUCAGAGAACUGUGGCAGUGUUGUUACCAACUCUGCUGGAAAAAGGCAUCGUUAGCAAUGUCUCAGAGGUCCGCUCCCUCAGUAUCCAGACCCUGGUGAAGAUUAGUAAAACGGCAGGUGCCAGACUAAAGCCUCAUGCUUCCCGGCUCAUCCCGGCCCUGCUGGAGGCGCUUAGCACCCUGGAGCCUCAGGUCCUCAACUACCUCAGUCUCAGAGCCACAGAACAGGAAAAGAGUGCCAUGGAUGCUGCCAGACUCAGUGCUGCCAAGUCCUCCCCAAUGAUGGAGACAGUUAACAUGUGUCUACAGCACCUGGAUGUGUCUGUGCUGGGAGAGCUGGUUCCCAGACUCUGUGAGCUGCUCAAGAGUGGAGUUGGCUUGGGCACCAAGGGUGGCUGUGCCAGUGUAAUAGUUUCCCUAACAGUGCAGUGUCCUCAGGACCUCACCCCUUACUCAGGUAAAUUGAUGAGCGCUCUGCUGAAUGGUCUCCAUGACAGAAGCACUGUAGUACAGAAAUCAUUUGCCUUUGCUCUGGGACACCUUGUCAGGACAGCAAAAGACAGCAGUGUAGAGAAACUACUACUGAAGCUCAACUCUUGGUACUUAGAAAAAGAAGAGCCGGUGUACAAGUCGUCUUGUGCCCUGACUGUGCAUGCCAUCAGCCACUACAGUCCUGAUGUUCUGAAGGGCCAUGCAGGCGUGGCGCUGCCGCUGGCCUUUCUGGGCAUGCACCAGGAACCGGGACCUGACGAGGAGAAAGGAGAGAGCCAUGAUGCCUCACUGUGGGCAGAGGUGUGGCAGGAGAAUGUACCAGGAAGCUUUGGAGGCAUCAGACUCUACAUGACAGAGCUGAUCGCUAUUACACAGAAAGCACUGCAAUCCCAGUCUUGGAAGAUGAAGGCUCAAGGUGCAGCUGCCAUGGCAACUGUUGCUAAGGAACAGACGGGCUCAUUGGUGGCUCCACACCUUGGUUUGGUGCUAACAGCUUUAAUACAAGGAUUGUCUGGACGCACAUGGGCUGGCAAGGAGGAGCUGUUGAAAGCCAUCGGAUCAGUGGUGUCUAAGUGCAGUGCGGAGCUAAAGAAACCCUGUGUGGGCCAGCCCACUAUCAAUGAGGUUCUGGACAUUGUGUUGAAAGAAUGCCGCAAAGAGAGUCUGGUGUACAAAAUGGCUGCACUGCGCUGUGCCGGAGAUGUGCUUCACAGCAGCCAAGAGGACCGUUUCAGCACCUUGGCUGAGAUCCUUUUCCCUCUCAUUAGGAAGAGCUGCCCAGUAAGUGGUGGUGCCUCCCCAAGGUCGCUGGAGGAUGAUGACGAUGUCGAUGCAAAGGAGAAAGCGCUGCAGACAGAGGCUCUACUUUGCGCUUUUGAGACACUUGGAAAAGCUUGGCCCAAUAACCCACAGACUCAGGCUCAAUUCCAAGUGGAAGUGUGCAGUCUGAUGUGUGAAAAGCUCAAGUUGAGCACCUGGAAAGUGCAGCUCGCUGUUCUGCAGUCCAUGAAGGCCUAUUUCCAGGGGUUGGUGCUGCUAGACAAAGGCAGUCAAAACGUUAAUGAACUGUCGCAGAUACUCACAGAAACCUGUGCUGCUCUUACAUAUCCUUUAGAAAACAAAAGUUACUCUUCUGUGAGGACAGAGGCCUUGUCAGUUGUGGACCUGAUUGUAAAAAGAACUGGGGAGAGUGAGCAGUGGGAUUGUGUGUCUGUGAAGAGCCGGGAGCAGCUGCAGCGCUCGUUGUCGACGCUGCAGUCGGAUAACAGACCGGACCUGAGGGAUAAAGCCCAGGAGCUACGCAGGCACAUCCAGAGCCAGCCCUGAACGCAGACACACAGUUACAGAGUACAAGAAAACACAACCCCGACUUAACUAUUUACAGCACAUCCUACUUUGUGGCCUGUUUGAUACAGUUAUCUUCUCUAAUACACAUCCGCCCUAUCAUUGCGUUACUUCUCCAUAUAAACUGUGGGCUUUGAAUCAGGCUGAUAAGAGACUGCUGACUGAGUGAUCCACACUCGUGACUCACAAAGGUUGACCUAAAGGCUUGAACAGACGACAACCAAACAACUUGCUCUGGUGAAGGGCAGGGCUACAGAGUGUUCAUUUAAAUGGACAGUAAAAGAAUAAUGACAAAUGCUAUAUAAACCAAUGUGUUGGGUUUGUGCACACUGUAUACUUAACUUGUAGCCCCAGAUGGGGAAUUUUACUACUGUUGUGGGUUUACCUUCUCAUUACAUAUAGGAACAUCAGAGGGUUGUACGCAUUGGCAAAAACAGAAAAGGUGUGACUGCUCAGCAUUCACCCAGUUUGCACUUUUCAGACAGGUGGGAACAUUUUCACUGCUGCUGCCAAGUAGGGGUGGAAAGGCAUUGAGCAUCUGUGUCCUUUCGUGGGAACAUGGUGAUCUUUCCCUGUUUGCAAGGUGAAUGAGUGCGAUAGUAACAUAUUUGUGAAAGUAAAUUUAAAGAUCCUUCUGUUUUAAUUGAAAGUGAUGCCAUAGUUGUUUGAAUUUGUCCCUCAUGAAAUAAAACUACCUUUACAAUCUG